AUGGUGGUGGAUGGCCGCUGGCCAUCACCGCCUUUGAUUGGGAAUGCAACAGCAGUAGGAGGAGGGGAUAUGAAGAAUAAGCCUGUGCUUGGGCGCAGCGAGAUAAAUGGGAAUUCUUCGAAUUCAAUUGACAAAAAUUUUCAUAAUAAUAUUAAGGAGAGGGUGGAUCCUUCAAAAAAUGAUGUGGGGAGCAGGGAAUGCAUAACUGUCGCGGUGAUAGAGAAAUCAUUUGUAAACAUAGAAGAUAAUAGCAAGAUGAGUAAUCUGUGGAGUAAUAAACAUUAUAUUAAGUUGAAUUUCAAAAGAGAGGAUAUUGUGCUAUCUGAAGAUGGAAAAGCUGUCAAGUUAGAUGAAUCCGCUGAAGUUUUGAAUGCUAAAAGAUUAGAGAACUCACUGGUUUUUGCUGAAGAACUGAUUAGAAUGGAUGGUGAAGAAAAUGAAAUACUAGCCAUGGAAAGUAGGAGAGAUCAAGAUUUUCAUUGCUCAGUGAUAGAAGAAAAGAAGAAAGAUUGUGGCUGGGUAAGUUCUGAACAACUUGAAGAUGGGGAAAUAAAUCCAAAUGAUGAGUAUGAUGGAAUGGAAAAAGAAGUACAAGCACGACUUGCAUUUUGCAAGUUCAUGGUAAAACCUUCUACCUUAUCAAUCUUGGAUGAACCUACCAACCAUCUGGAUAUACCAUCAAAAGAGAUGCUUGAGGAGGCCAUAUCAGAAUAUCAGGGGACUGUUAUCACAGUUUCUCAUGACCGUUAUUUCAUAAGGCAAAUAGUUAACAGAAGAGUGGAAGUGAAGAAUAACACUCUACAAGACUAUGCUGGUGAUUACAAUUACUAUUUGGAAAAGAAUCUGGAGGCCAGGGAAAGAGAAGUAGAACGUGAAGCGGAGCUUGAUGCAAAAGCUCCCAAGGUGAAAGCCAAAUCUAAGAUGUCAAAGGAAAUUAAACCUAAGACUGACCUAACCAGGAUCUCAAACCCUAGGGCUAUUGUAGUGCUCCCUGAGACUUUCCAAUGA